GUACAGGAUCCAGGGACCGCAGCCGCGGGGAGCAGGGAAAGCUAACAGCAGCAGGCAGCAAAGCAAAAAGGACCAAAAAAAAGAGAGAAAGAGGUAUACAAAUACUCAGUGAAGUUCGGACUAGGGAGCGGAACUCCAGAAAGUGUCUGACGAUCAACUCCAGAUCCAGUUAACGUGUUUACACUGAGGAUAUGACCGGCCGCUGUGUCAAAGGGUUUGAUGUUAAACCUAUGCCCGCGGGAUUCUCUUCUUCCAGGCCACUACUGAAUAGUGGAAGAUCAAACGACCAUUUCACUCAUUAGAAAGCAGCAGAAGUUCAAGAUUCGUAGGCGAUGAGUCUGCUUCACGUAACUGGCAUUUGUGGAGAGAUGUGAUGGAAAAAUCAAAGCAGGAGGGAGCGCGAAGUCAAUAAUUAGUAAUAUUUUUCUCUUUUAAAAAAAGGAAAUACCACCACCCAAUCUAGAAGGGGCGUCAGUCAGUUUGGAUUGUGGAGAUGACCUUCCUAUUCGUUUUGGUUUGCAUUUUGAUCGACCGCGUUGCCUGUCAGAUCCGCUACUCGGUUCCCGAGGAGCAGGAACAUGGCACGUUCGUGGGGAAUAUCGCCGAGGAUUUGGGAUUGGACGUGACGAAGCUGGCCGCCCGCAGGUUUCAGACGGUUCCCAGUUCCAGAUCUCCGCACCUGGAGGUGAACCUGGAGAACGGGGUACUGUUUGUCAACGAGAAGAUCGACCGCGAGCAGAUCUGCAAGCAGAGCCCUACUUGUCUGUUGCACCUCGAGGUUUUCCUGGAGAAUCCGUUGGAACUUUUUCGCGUGGAGAUCGAGGUCGUGGAUAUUAACGACAACCCGCCGAGUUUCCCCGAGGCAGACAUUACGGUGGAGAUUUCGGAGAGCGCCGGUGCUGGUACUCGGCUGCCGCUGGAGAGCGCGUUCGAUCCGGACGUUGGCAGCAACUCACUCCGCACCUACGAGAUCACCCCCAAUAGUUACUUUUAUCUCGACGUGCAGACGCAAGGAGACGGCAACAAGUUCGCCGAGCUGGUGCUAGAGAAAAACCUGGACCGAGAACAGCAAGCCCUCCAUCGGUAUGUGCUGACGGCAGUAGACGGGGGUUUGCCCCAGCGCACCGGCACCGCUCUGCUCAGCAUCAGGGUGUUGGACUCGAACGACAACGUACCCGUCUUCGAGCAGUCGGUUUACACGGUGAGCUUGCCGGAGAAUGCGCCCGUCGGUACCCUCGUUAUUCAGCUCAAUGCUACCGACCGCGAUGAAGGCAAAAACGGCGAGGUGGUGUACUCGUUCAGCAACCACGUCUCCCCCAGGGUGAAGGAGCUGUUUAGCAUCGAGCCUAGGACGGGCUGGAUCGAGGUGAAGGGAGUCAUCGAUUACGAGGAGAGCAACCUUUAUCAGCUGUACGUUCAGGCGAAGGAUCUGGGGCCCAACGCGGUGCCGGCUCACUGCAAAGUGCUAGUGAAAGUUACUGACGUGAACGACAACGCGCCCGAGAUCAGUUUCAGCACCGUUUCCAACUCAGUAAACGAGAGCGCAAACCCGGGCACCGUGGUCGCUCUGCUGAGCGUCACCGACCGUGACUCGGGAGACAACGGGCAACUCCAGUGCGAGAUCCUGGGACAGGUACCUUUCAAGUUGAAGCCCUCCUUCAAGAAUUACUACACCAUCGUGACGGACGGGCCGCUGGACCGAGAAGUCACCGACUCUUACACUAUCACCAUCAUGGCGAAGGACAGAGGCUCUCCUCCUCUGGCCUCCAGCAAGUCCAUCAAGGUCCAAGUGGCGGACGAGAACGACAAUGCGCCCCGUUUCUCUCAGUCUUCCUACGACGUGUAUGUCACCGAGAACAACGUUCCCGGCGCUUACAUCUACGCAGUAACAGCCGUGGAUCCCGAUGUGGGGCAGAACGCUUACAUCUCUUACUCCAUAUUAGAGUGCGAUAUACAGGGUAUGUCGGUUUUUACGUACGUUUCCAUAAACUCUGAGAAUGGCUAUCUGUACGCCUUGCGCUCUUUCGAUUACGAGCAGCUCAAGGAGUUUAGUUUCACGGUGCAGGCCAGAGAUGCGGGGAACCCUCCGCUGAGCAGCAACACCACCAUUAACAUCAUAAUUGUGGACCAGAACGACAAUGCGCCAUCCAUUGUAUCACCCGUGUCCAGGAAUGGCAGUGCCCGCGAGAUGGUGCCUCGCUCAGCUGAACCGGGAUACCUGGUAGCCAGGCUAGUGGCAGUGGACGCGGACGACGGCGACAAUGCUCGGCUCACCUAUUACAUUGCCAAGGGCAACGAGUUGGGUCUCUUCAGAAUGGAUUGGAGGAGUGGAGAGCUCAAGACGGCCAGGAGACUGUCCACCACCAAAAAAGCCCCCAGUGCCCCGUACGAGCUGGUGAUCGAAGUUAGGGAUCAUGGACAACCGCCGCUGUCAGCCACUGCCACAAUCCUGGUGAUGGCAGUGGACAGCCCGGUGGAUCGCCAAGGAGAACGGGGCAACCGAGCUGGCACGCCGAAGGAAAACUCUCUUGAUCUGACCCUGAUCUUGAUUAUCGCCCUGGGCUCCGUGUCCUUCGUCUUCCUCCUGGCCAUGAUCGUGCUGGCAAUCCGGUGCCAGAAGGACAAAAAGGUGAACAUCUACAGCUGCCUGGCCAGCGAGUGCUGCUCCUGCUGCAGGCAGGCGAGAAACAGAAAGAAGAAGCUCAGCAAAUCGGACAUCAUGCUGGUGCAGACCACCAACGCCAACGCUGCGCAGGUGUCGGUGGAGGAAGGGGGCUUUGGACAUCACAGCCAGAAUUACUGUUACCAAGUUUGCCUGACCCCGGAAUCGGCCAAAACUGACCUCAUGUUCUUGAAACCAUGCAGCCCAGUCAGGAGUACGGACGCUGAACACAACUCCUGUGGGGCCAUUAUUGCGGGGUACGCUGACCAACAACCCGACGUCAUUUCCAAUGGGAGUAUAUUAUCAAAUGAGACCAAACACCAGCGGACCGAACUCAGUUUUCUUGUGGACAGACCCCGUCGAGUUAACAGUUCUGCUUUCCAAGAAGCGGAUAUCGUGAGCUCGAAGGACAGCGGUCACGGUGACAGUGAACAAGGCGACAGUGACCACGAUGCUACUAACCGAGCUCACAACUCUGGCCGUUCACCAAGAUGCAUCCUCCUCCAGAUGGGGGAGAGCAGGAUGGUCCAGGAUACAGACUUCUCCACGACUGCCGUCAAUGCAGCUCUGUGAGCAGCUGGCAGGAGAUGCGAUUUGAGCAGGGUGCGUUGGACAAUGCCACUUCUCCCUCUUUCCCCUCCCUCCACACACCCACCUAGAGAAUGGAGUCCCUCACUUCCACAUUGCUCUUCCUCUAGGGGUCUGGUCAACAUCUGAGGAAGCUGAACCAAUUGAGGCAACUGAUAACAGGCAGUCCUGUCAAUUUCUGGUUGGGAAUGAAGCAUGAAGCUGCUGGAGCUGCCUUGAAAGCCCUUGCUAUCUAUAAAGGACAGCACCAGCCUAUUUUAGCUGAAAGGUUUUUUUACAUUUCACAAUGGAGUCCUUUUAACAUUAUUUUUAUCUGCCAAAGGAAAGAAAAUUAUAAAUGGAGUGAUUAACUUCAAUAUGAGAUGUGGAAGAAACACUCAUAUGACAAUCAUGUUGUUAUCUUAUAAAGUGACUAACAAUUCAGUUUGUAAACACAGUAUUAUCAGUGAGGCAGUGAUAUCAUUCGCCAACAACUGAACAUUUCUUCACCCUUUUUACUACUAUGCUUGUCUUCUUCCUAAUCUCUCACUCCUGCCGAUGAAUUGAACCACUUUCAGAUGCUAAAGCAGCUCUGGGUUCUUCUGGUAUCUCAGCACAUUGGCUGUUCUAUAUGUGAAUCUUGACUGUAAAUAACAGGAGACUGUUUGACCGUGGGAGAAUAGCAGAGCAAAGCCUGAUCAUGCCCUCUCCCAAAGGCUCAAAAGCAGAUCUUACUAUUGUUAAAGGAGAGCAAUGAAUGGACGAAUGCUAUCUGAUUUAGUUAACUAUUGAAGCUUUGCUAAUGCCAGUUGGAAUGUUUGCUUUGUUGAUCUGGUUGUGAUCACCUCAUUAAGCACUUUGCACUUACCAAGAGUCAAGGUUGGUAUUUUCUUUGCUAGGAAAGCAGCAUUACCAACACAGGAAGGAGGACAUCAACCUAUCUGAAUGACUUUUAUCUUCAAAAUAAGCAAAGCUUGUACUUGGGAACGGAACAGUUUAAUUUUGGGCACUCUAAUGUGUUAUCCCAGAUAAAUUUCACCAUAAUUAGAAUCAAACUGAAUACAUCUAAUGGUCUUUACGGUGUACAUUACCAUUAACUUUGAAAAGCAAUCACUCUUACCAAUGCACUGCUUUUUGUAUUCUCCACAUUUCUCUGAAUAUGAUUGACAAACCAGUGCAGCUUUUUUCUAUAGGUCGCUAUUCAAUUGGGAUUGUUAGAAGUUGCCUACAAUAAUUACACUGGGUCCUUGUUGCCAGAUUAGCUUUUCUCUCAUUUUCUGGGUUGGAUUGAACCCAGGUGUCUGGGGUGAAGUGCCUAUAUCUUAUGGUCCAUUUAAACAUUGC